UUCUUAAUGCGUUGUAAUCAGAUACAUUAAUCAAUAAAAUCUUUCUUUAAUUUUUUUUUUCUUUAUUAUUAUCCCAAAUUCGAACAUAAAACUCCCACUACGCUGCGCCAAAAGGGGGUCCAAUCCAAUCCCUUUUCUUGUUUUUCUCUUCUUCCCUCGAUUUUUCUUCCUUUUUCCCCUCGACCCUUUUCCCCAUCUCGAAUUUCUCUCACGAUUUUGCUUCUGGGUUCUUUGUUUUGGCACUUUUGGUUUACAGAUCCACCGUUUUUCCAAGUUCUAAUCUCAGAGAAGGGAAGUUAGGUUUGAGAGUUGGGGAUUGCUUGUCAUCUUGGUUGGUUGGGUGAAAAAGGCUCAGAUCUAAAUCCAAGGGCUUAGCUAUGUCUUUCACUGGCACACAACAAAAGUGCAAGGCCUGUGAGAAGACUGUCUACCCUGUGGAGCAGCUCUCUGCUGAUGGAAUUUCCUACCAUAAGUCUUGCUUCAAAUGCAGCCACUGCAAAGGGACUCUAAAGCUGAGCAAUUAUUCUUCAAUGGAAGGUGUUCUGUACUGUAAGCCUCAUUUUGAGCAGCUCUUCAAAGAGACUGGCAACUUCAACAAGAACUUCCAAUCACCUGCCAAGUCAGCUGAGAAGUUGACUCCAGAGCUGACUAGGUCACCUAGCAAAGCUGCUGGCAUGUUUUCUGGUACUCAAGACAAAUGUGCUACCUGUGGCAAAACUGUCUAUCCAUUAGAGAAGGUAACGGUUGAAAGCCAAUCCUAUCACAAAUCCUGUUUUAAGUGCUCUCAUGGUGGGUGUGCUAUAUCCCCAUCAAAUUAUGCAGCAUUAGAAGGUAUUCUAUAUUGCAAACACCACUUCUCUCAGCUUUUCAAGGAAAAGGGAAGCUACAACCACCUGAUCAAGUCUGCAUCAAUGAAGCGCUCCGCUGCCCCUGUUCCUGAAGCUUAAAGUUCCAAUUCUCGUAUCAUCAUUCACGGUUUCGGACCUAACUCUCUAUUUACAUUGAAUGUGUUUAACUUAAAAUUUUAUGUUUUUGAGAUGGAAAAAAGGGUAAAGGAAAAAUAUAUAUGUUUACCAUCAAUUCAGCUCGUGUGUUUAUUUGGGCAAACUGUUGAAUUUGAUCGAUAUUUGAGGUGCAAACCUUCUAUAUGGUUUCCGGAAUUUGCAUAUCUGCA